AUGUCCCCCCCAAAAAAGGAUGCAUUUGCGGAUCUUUUCAAAUCAGCUAAUUCUUCGACGUCGAAUACUUCGUUGACUAACUUGCCACUCUCCGAGAGGCAGAAGAAAAAUCAGAAAGAUAAUAGAAAUGGGAUACCAAAACAAAACAAUUGGAAUGAUUUAGACAUAUUUAUAAAUGAUAGAGGUUCAGGUAAUACUUUAUCAACCUCUGAAAUUCCCAGGAACGAUUCACCACAGCACUUGAAAGCAACGGAUGAUCCAUUUUCCCUAUUUGAAUUGAGAUCAGAAAUAACUUCUGCGACCGCUGAACCAUUACCAAAUAGUGUCUCAAAACAAGGACGAAAAGUUCAAGAGUCAUCUUUGCUCAUUGAUGAUGAAUUUACAGAUGCAUUCGUUUCAUCGGAGAUUGAACAACCAAUAGAAGAAAUUAACAAGCCAGAACUACCAGCUCGAAAACAAAGCAACCUCAGCUCUUCUCUUCAAAAAAAUGUGAUUGAUACUAAACGACUUAGCACUCCUGAAAGUGAACAUGAGAAGAGAGAUACAGUUUUAGCCGAAUUAGUUGAUAUUGGAUUUUCUCUUGAGGUUUCCAAUCAAGCAAUAAGCAAGGUUGGGCCCGAUGUCCAAUCUUGUGUGAAUUUUAUUAUGGAUGGCUCAAAAAGCAAAAAGGCACUGAUACCGCAGUCAAACAAAGCCGAUUUUAGCAGUUCCGAAUCAGAUAUUAGUGCUAGAAUAAAUGAGGUGUCUACAGAUAUAUUUAACAAAGCAUCGUUCUUUUUAAGUAAAUCAAAACAGACUGUGAUGAAAAACUUGGAGCAGUUUCAACAUGGGAUGGAUUAUGAAACUGAUACUAAUGUACCUAAUUGGUUGAAAACUCAGCAUAUAUACAAGAAAGAUGCAAUAGAGAGAAGGUCAAAUGGUGAAAAGUUAGAAGAUUAUGGGUCGGACGAAGAAAAUAUUGAUAAAGGAGCAAUUGAUGACUUCAUAAGGAACCAAAAGAAGAAAGAAAAAGAAAAGGCUAGAAUGAGAUAUGACAAUGUCAAGGAGUUCGCUAGAAGCUCUAUGAGCUCUGGAAGGAAUUCUCCCGCUAGUAAACUGGAACAAGGUUCCAAUCGUGAAUCACAACUCUCCUCUUCUAAUAACUCCAAAUUUGAAAACGAUGUCGACGAAAAAAUGCCCGAAGAAGAGUUAUCUUCUGCUCAUAAUUCUAAACAGCCCGGUAUCAUUUCUUCUGAUUUUAGAUCAUUUUCUUCCGAACUGUCUGUAAAUGACAAAAAUGUGGAAGAAUUUGAUUUGAUUGGCUUUAAUGAGUCCCAAAACGAAUCAAAUAAAACAAAGAGCCCACUGAAGACAAUCUCUACUCCUUUAGACCAAUUCCAGCAAUCGGAUUAUAAUGAAGCAAAAGAAAAGGCUACAGAACUUUUUAGUAAAGGAGAUUAUGAUGGUGCAUUGUUAUAUUAUAUGAAAUGCUUAGAGGCUUUGCCGCCUAAUCACGAACUAAGAAUUGUAAUUCAAUCUAAUCUUUCUCUCAACUUCAUAAAAUUGGGUAACUAUAAAAGCGCAAUUGAAUCGUGUGCAAGCGGGUUAGACUUAAUUGACAAGAAUGAUUUGACUAAGGUGGAUGUUAUGAUAAGUGGUAAGCCUGUCAAACAAUGGUAUAUCAAGUUACUAUCUCGCAAGGCCGAAAGUUUAGAAAUGAGGGAAUCUUUUCAAGAGAGUUUAUCAUGCUAUAUGGAAUUGAUUCAACUAGGCGUAGUCAAUAAAAAGAUCAUGGAUGGUAAGAGAAGAGUUAAUGAUAUAGUCAAACCGAAGAGAAAACCAGCACCAGCAUCUCAACCUGUUAGAUCUAACACAGCUUCCCCGAGUGUAAAUAAUGAAAACCUGAGGAGGCUCCAGAGAGAACGAGAGAAAGCUAAAUAUGAAGAUGAGCUUAAGUUCAAACUUAAUGAUAAAAUUCAAGAAAAGGUCUUUGAAUGGUGCAAUGGAAAAGAAGACAACAUCAGAACGUUACUCACCACCCUUCCUAAUGUCUUGCCAUCUAGAUUAGGAUUCCCUUUUCUCAAUGACAAAAAGAUAACUCUUAACGAUUUGAUGUUACCUAAAAAAGUGAAGAUCAGCUAUAUGAAAGUAAUAAGUUUGAUUCAUCCAGACAAAAUUGGCAAUUUUCAAUUGGAAGACAGAUUACUUUGUGAAGGCGUCUUCAUCACGUUAAAUAAAUCUUGGGAUAUCUUUAAAGAACAAAACGGAAUGAGCUAA